GAGAAUAGCUGCCGUCGGAAAGAAACGCUGAAAUUUAUCAGCUCCUCCUUCAACGACAGCAAAUCAGGUGAGUUAAGUUCUGCACACUUUAGAAGAUUUUCCUCUUCUGAAGAGUGAGCCGAAAACGAACCUUUAUUUACUUUCUAAACCAAUCAGGUGGAAGCGCCAACAUGUGGACCAGAUCUAAAGCAGAGAAUAGCAGGAAAGUUACAUUUGGUCUGGUAACAGCAAAGACUCCUGGAAAUCAGUCUUCUGCUGAGCUUGUCAAAGACCCUGACCAGCAGCAAAGCGCUCCAAGCGUUCCCGUCAGACGCUCUUGGAGUGAAGUUUGUGCUUCAAAGCCUGCGGUGACCCCCCCGCAGCCUGCCUCGGCCCCUGAUCAGAGGCCAGCGUCUCCCCCAAAGCCUGGAGACGCAAGAAAACAUCCAAUUUUAAAGCUUCUUCAAAGGGAGACAGCCGUUGAAGAAAACACCAGAGCUGUUGUCAUGAUGUCAGAGGUGGAGUUUCAUGCCGCCUUAGGCUCCAAAGACCAGAAGAUCUCAGCUCUUCAACAAGAAAACGCUGCAUUAUCAGAAAACUUGAAGAGUCUCGCCUCUGAGCUUCGUAAAAUGGAGGAAGUGCACCAACAUGAGGACGACCGGGAGAAAAAGGCUUUAAGAGACGAAGUGAUGAGGUUGACUCAGAUUGUAGAAAAGCAGCAAACUGAGCAUGAAGACGACGUUGCUGUUCUGUAUGAUGAGCGGAUUAAGACAAACAAAGACCGUCGAGAUGCCAUCAGAAGGGCCGAUCAGCUGAAAGUAUCUCUGAUCGCAGAAAAGAACAAAACAAGAGAGCUUGAGAUCUGUUCGGCCAAGCAGAUGGAGGAAAUCUCUAAAUUACAAGCUGCUCUGGUCAAAGUGGAGAGCAAUUUGGAGGAACAAAGACGGCAGUGGGAGCAGGAAAAACUCCGUCUUCUGACCAAUCACCAAGAAACAUCUGAGGUGGAACAGCUUAAAUAUCAGCUGCAGGAGCAGACAGUUAAGCAUGAAGAUCAGGUUGCUGCUCUGUAUAACCAGCUGAUCAGGAAGAACAAGGAGAGUCAAGAUGCCAUCAAAAGGGCCGAACAGUUGAAGGAAGACCUGACUGAAGAGAAAAAGAGAGCAAAAGAGGCCGAGGACUGCUUAGCCCAGCAAAAAGAGGAGACAUCUAACCUCCAGGCUGCUCUGGUCCUGAUGGAGAGAACUUUGGAGGACCAGCGGCGGCAGUGGGAGCAGGAAAAAUCCCAUCUUCUGACCAAAGAACAAGAAAGAGAUGAGCUGGAGCAGCUGGUGAAGCAGUUAGAGUCACAGAAAGCUGAGGCAGAACAGGAGAUAGCUGCUCUGUGUUUGGAGCAGCAGAAAAACAACCAAAGUCAUCAAGAUGCUGCAAGAAAAGUCGUUCAACUGGAAAUUGCUCUGGUUGCUGAGAAGAUCAGAACAAAGGAGGCUGAGAGCUGCUUGGCUGAGCAAGUGAAGGAAAGCUGUGAUAUAAAGGCUGCUUUGGUCAAGAUGGAGCAAGACGUGGAGAAGCAAAGACGGCUCUGGGCCCAGGAAAAGUCCAGUCUUCUGACAGAGCAGCAGAAAGCUGUUAGAAAUGUGGAAGCAGCUAGGAAAGACGUUCUGGAGGUUCUGCAUGAUGAAAGGCAGGAGUGGCAAACAGAGAAGUCCUGCCUUCUAGAGAUGGUUGCAACAACAAAGGAGCUUCUGACAGAGGCGGAGGUGAAGAGAAAAACUUCAACACUGAACCUGAUAGAGAAACUGAAAAACCUGCAAAAGGAGAUGGACAAAUUACAAGAAAGCAAAGCCAAAAAGAAAUCUUUCAGGAGAAAAAUCACCAAGUUCUUUAAAAUGUCUAAAAAGGCUCCAUCUCAGUCUGAAAACUGAUCACUGCUGAACCUCAUGAAAGCUCCUCCUACCAAACCAUCAACCUGACUAAAAUACUUUCUAGCUU